AUGACCUCGCGUACGAGAGCCACAAGAGGCACCCAACUACGAUUCUCUGUCAUUUCUCAGAGGAAUACAAUCAUGGCGACUCCGAGGUCACCGUCCCCCGAGAGUGGGAGCUCUGACACUUCAUCAGUUGAGAAGCUACCUGUUGAAGAAGCUGCCACGUCUACCCCAGAGAUUGUAGAGAGGGUUUCUGUCAUCCCGGCGGACGACAUUACAAAAGCCAGUGGAGAUGAGAUCCUUGAAUACAAGGAAGAGUCGCCCGCACCAGAAAUCAUCAACCCGAGAGCUUACCAGAGAGAGAUGCUGGAACAAAGUCUGGAGCGGAAUGUCAUUGUCGCUAUGGACACUGGGAGUGGGAAGACUCAGGUAGCCGUUCUUCGAAUCCAAGCUGAACUGGAGAAAUGCUCGCCGGACAAGAUCAUCUGGUUCCUCGGAAAAACCGUCAGUCUCUGCGAGCAACAAUUCAAAGUCAUCCAGAAACAAAAUCCGUCCGUGUCUAUGAAGAUACUGACCGGGCAACUCAACAUCGACGCCUGGUCACCAGAAGUUUGGCCCAAGAUUCUCGGCGGCACUCGGAUCAUUGUGUCUACCUUUGAGAUUCUUCGCGAUGCACUUGACCACGGCUUCGUGAAGAUGGGGAUGCUUGCGCUUAUCGUGUUUGAUGAAGUUCACAACUGCGUCAAGAGAAGCGCCGGACGAAUGAUCAUGCUGAACUUCUAUCACAAAGACAAGAGCGCCGGGCUACCCGUGCCUGCUAUCCUGGGGCUGACUGCCAGUCCUGUCAUAUCAUCAGAUCUUGCCAGCAUCGAGGCACUCGAGAACACAAUGGAUGCCGUCUGCACGACGCCGACAGUACACCGGGAAGAGCUGCUCCAAUGUGUAAACAAGCCGCACCUGGCUCGCUCGGUAUACGAAUUUAAGAGACGUUCCGAAUUGACGAACCUGAUGCGGGCACUGCAGACUGCCUACCAGAAGAUGGACAUUGCAACGGAUCCCGACGUCCUCAGGUUUAGCCGCUGCAGGAACGAGGAGAAUCUGAAGAGACUCCGAGAUGCCAUUAUGAGGAACGACACGUUCUCACAGAACCAGAUGAAAGGCCUUUGGAAUAGGAGUAGGGACAUUCUCGAAGAGCUUGGAAGCUGGGCUGCUGAUCGAUACAUCUCGAGAUUGAUCGCCGACUUUCUCUCUCGAGUCGACGCACCUGACGAUAUCUGGUCCAACGAGAAUAGGACGUACCUUGCGGGAUACCUGCGAGAGGUUCCGAUCAGUUCUCUCGGAAAUGAACCACCGACGUCGGCAGAUCUCUCGCACAAGGCUGCAAAGCUGAUCCAUGAACUCUUGGCAGCCGGGGAAGACGUCGUGGGCAUCAUCUUCGUCAAAGAGAGAACCACGGCCAAUGUGCUGUGCGACCUCCUGAACAGUUCCCCGUCCGUCCAGGCCCGGUACCGCGUGGGUGCAAUGGUUGGUACCUCGAGUUCCAGGAGUCGUACCCAGAAUAUGUACGAGUUCAACAACGGCGCCAGUACUCAGAUCCUCGAAGACUUCCGAUCCGGUGUGGUCAACCUCCUUGUGGCCACUAACGUUCUGGAGGAGGGUAUAGAUGUCCCCGCCUGCAACCUGGUGGUGUGCUUCGAUGAAACAACCACGCUCAAGUCUUUCAUCCAGCGGCGUGGCAGAGCUCGUAUGCAAGAGUCAAAGAUGAUUGCCAUGGAAAGCUCCCUAACGAGCUCGCGCACUUGGGAAGAACUGGAAGAGAGCAUGAAGAGACGGUAUCAAGACGACCAGAGAGAACUUGAGCGACUGGACGAACUGGCAAGGUCUGAACAGACAGACUCGAUUUACUACAUCAUCAAGUCUUCUGGCGCGCGACUAGAUCUUGACAAUGCCAGACAGCAUUUGGAACACUUCUGUCAGGUUGUGUUCAAGGCAGACUACAUCGACCGGCGACCAGAGUACAUCUUCCACAAAGAGCAGAACCAGAUUGGUGAGGACGUGCUACGUGCAGUACUCACGUUGCCAUCAGGCUUACCAGCCAAUCUGCGCAAGUUCAGGAGUUCCUCGUCGUGGAAAUCGGAGAAGAACGCCAUGAAAGAUGCCGCGUUCAGAGCCUAUGUGGCCUUGAUUGAGGCAGGACUCGUCAGCGAGAACUUGUUACCCAUCAACAAGAUCCCCGUGGAUAAGGAAGAAGACUCGGAUCUGCAGCCAGAGCCCCUAUUUAACCCUUGGAUCCAAGUGGCACAGAACUGGAAGAAGACCGAGGACAAAUGGCUGUACGGCUUUGAGUUCUGGGACGAGGAGCUUGACUAUCCCGCCCGUUUCGACGUUGCUCUCCCUGCUGAGCUACCACAGCUCCGGAAUAUUGGGCUGUAUCUUGAUGCCGACUAUCGGUGGACCGUCAAACAUGUCUCGACCCAGAAGAUUUCUCACGACGAGAACUCCAGUCUACCUGACCACACCUCAACACUCCUCGCGCUUCAUUUUGGACACCGGUGGUUGGUGGAAGACCGCGAGCAUGUAAUCAAGGUCAUCUACGAGGAAAGAGGCAUCUCAAGGAAGCACAUCGGAGGUAUGCCUUUCCUGGGGAACGAGGACAAGGCGGCCAACGGGUUAGCUCUCGUUCGAGAUCACUCAAAAUGCCCCUUUCACUACAUCAAGACGAUUCCAUCGAAACCUUCCCCAGAGGAGGUGCAGCACCCGUUCUAUGAGUAUGAAUUGGCGCCGCAGGACGAGCCUUACCUUGUAAUUGAAAAGUGGACGCGACGGGCGGACUUGCUUCACCCUCCCAACAGCUCUAAUCAGGAACAGAAAGUCAACACCAAGCUAUAUGGCCGGGUACUUCCCAUCUCAUGGACGACUGUCGAUAUGGUUCCGAAGAAAGUUGUCAAGGUUGGAAUGCUGAUACCCUCGAUCAUCCACGAGAUUGGGGUUCAGCUCGUUGCUUCAGAGCUAUCAACUACCUUGCUGCAGCCCGUGGGCGUCAAUGACUUACAGUUGGUACUUGAGGCGAUUAGCUCCCGGAGUGCGCAUGAGCCUGUGGAUUACGAGCGGCUCGAGUUUUUAGGAGACUCGAUUCUCAAAUACUGCACAGUCAUCCAGGCCUAUGCAGAGCAUCCUCUCUGGCCCGAAGGCCUGCUCGUGCACUUCAAGGACAGGCUGGUUUCCAACGCACGACUUCACCGUGCUUGCCUGGAAAGCGGCCUUUCCAAAUUCAUCCUCUCCAAGGCAUUCACCGGAAGAUCAUACAGCGUCGAAGAGCGGAAGCCUGAAAAGUGGAGGCCUCUUUACCUUGACGACUUUCUUCCAGAAGAGAGCGUCAAGCCUCUUGAUCGUAUCACAGGACACAAGAAUCUUGCCGACGUCGUAGAGGCACUUAUUGGGGCCUCCUUCCAGGACGGAGGCAUGGACAAAGCCCUGAAGUGCAUUUCAGUCUUUUUGAGCGAUAAGUGUCACUGGCAUGAAGCUGGGAGAGGCUGGGAUAUUCUCUUCAGCUCCGCUCUAGAUGGUGUACCUCUUCCGUCAACCCUUGAACCUCUUGAGGAGUUGAUUGGAUACCCUUUCCGCAAGAAGUCGCUGCUGAUUGAGGCGGUAACUCAUGGAUCGUAUGCGGGAGAUACUCACCAGCGAUCCUAUGAGCAACUCGAGCUCCUGGGCGACGCGGUACUCGACUAUAUCAUCGUCACCAAGGUGUUCAACGUCAAACCGCCGCUCCAUCAUUCAGACCUCCACCUCAUCAAGACAGCAAUGGUCAACGGAGAGUUUCUUGCUUUCGUCAACUUGGAGCAUCGUCUACAUCGAGUAGAGACUAACGUCAGUGCCGAUGGAGUCAUGGAAGACGCCGUCAAGACCUUGGCUCUGUGGCAGUUUAUGCGCUACACCUCGCCGGCAAUCGGUAACGAGCAGGUCAGAACCGUGGAACGUUUCGAGACGCUGCGAAGGGAAAUCGUCGAUGCCAUUGAGAACGGCACGCACUAUCCGUGGACGUUGCUAGCUCGCUUCCAGCCCAAGAAGUUCUACUCGGAUCUUUUUGAAGCACUCAUCGGUGCGGUUUGGGUUGACUCGGGCUCUACUGAGGUGUGUGAAGGUGUCCUCCGUCGAUUCGGCAUCCUGCCUUACCUGGAACGCAUCGUCCGUGACAAGGUGCAUAUCAAGCACCCCAAGGAGGAGCUCAGCGCUUUGGCUGAGGAAAAGAAGGUCGAAUAUUACUACACGGUGCUCAAUGGAGUGGAACCCGAGUAUGUGUGCCGGCUCAAGGUCGGGGACCGGCUGAUGGCAGACGUGAGAGGGGGGUUGAACAAGGACGAGAUCAUGACCAGGGCUGCUGAAAAGGCCGUGAAGAUUCUGAAUGAGGAGAAGAGGGCUGCGGAACCUGGGGCGGAACCAAUGAACCUGGAGUAG